AUGGGUAGCCUCGGAGCUGAAUCUCCGAAUGGAGCCCCCGCUGUUGAUGUUGAUGCUCUGGCAGUGUUGCCGAACGCUGCCGAGAAGGUCCCGAGCCUCGUCUCCGAGAUUUCCUCUCGGGGGACUGGUAUUGCUCUGGAUAAUGCCAAAGACCGAUUGGAACUCCUGGAGACUGCGCGGUCCCUGGUGAGGGCCUUGGAGACGCCCCGGGAGGCUCUCCUGCGGUAUUGCUGGAGAGAGCCAGCCAGCUUUGCGGCAAUUAUGUUUACACUGAAUUUGGGUGUGUUUGCGCUGCUGCCGGCCACCGGCAGCCCCAAGAAAGCGCAGGAGCUGGCCGAGGCAACCAAAGCCGACCCCAAGCUUCUCUCCCGUAUGUUAAAGCACCUCGCUGCCACCGGCGUCCUGGCUGAGACGGGCCCGGACGAGUAUCGCGGAACCAACUUCUCUACCGCAAUGGGCGUUGAGCGAUUCAGCGAUACUUUCCCGGUGUUUGCCAACGGACUCAACCCGGCUAUUGCAAAGAUCCCCGACUUCUUCAAAGAAGCACAGUACCAGAGUCCCAGCAAGCUCACCACGACCCCAUUCAAUGUGGCCCACGCCACCGACAAGAACUUCUUCGAGUUCCUGAAAGAGCAGCCGCAUGUCGUCAAGCAGUUCGCUAACCACAUGUCAACCUACCAUCUCGGCCGGCCCAGCUGGAUGGACUCGGGCUUCUAUCCCGUCGAAGAGGGCCUGGUUGCCGACCAAGAUAUCAAGGGCGACGAUGUGCUGCUGAUUGAUAUAGGCGGCAGCACUGGCCAUGAUCUGUCUGAAUUCAGCCGGAAAUGGCCCAGUGUCCCCGGUCGACUGAUCUUGCAGGAUCUGCCCGAAGUGGUGGCUGAGGCCAAGAAGAUGGAUCUGCCUUCGUCUAUUGAGCCUAUGCCUUAUAAUUUCUUCACGGAGCAGCCUGUCAAAGGUGCUCGAGCAUACUACAUGCACUCGGUCCUGCACGACUGGCCCGAUGACGACUGCCGCAAGAUUCUUUCUAAUAUCACGCCUGCCAUGAAGCCGGGCUACAGCAAGAUCCUGAUCAAUGAGAACGUCAUCCCGGAGACCAACGCCCACUGGGAGACGACCAGUCUGGACUUUGUCAUGAUGACCGUGAACUCGACCGAGCGCACAGCACGGGACUGGAAAGUGCUGGUUGAGUCGGUUGGGCUGAAGAUUGUGAAGAUAUGGACUGUGCGCCGGGGUGUAGAGAGCUUGAUUGAAUGCGAGCUGGCUUAA